AGGGACGCUGAACGUUGCGCGUCACGUGACGUUGGUGGAGCCUCGCCACGUCAUCAGGGGGCGUGGCCAGAAGAACCAGGAAGACUGUUGACGCUCUGAAGCUCAAAUCAGUCAAACACAGGAUGGCCCACUUUGAGGAAGUGCUAAAGCAGUCUAAUGUGCACCCAAAGCCUGCAGGCCUGGUUUUGCAGUAUGGCACAGCUGGCUUUAGGACCAAUGCCAAACAGCUGGACCACAUCAUGUUCAGAAUGGGUAUGCUGGCAACCCUCCGCUCCAAGAAGACCAAAGCUACCAUUGGAGUCAUGGUGACUGCAUCGCACAACCCAGAGGAGGACAAUGGAGUGAAACUGAUUGACCCGAUGGGGGAAAUGUUGACGCCGGCAUGGGAGGACUACGCUACCCAGCUGGCCAAUGUUGAGCAAGAAGAGUUGCUCACAUCUCUGAAGGAUAUAAUAGAGAAGGAGGCCAUACAAAUGAGCCAGGAAGCUAAUGUGUUUGUAGGAAAGGAUACCAGGAGCAGUAGUGCCAGACUUUCACAAGCAGUGGUGGAUGGAGUUAUUGCCCUUGGAAGUCAACUGAAAGACUACGGUUUGGUAACCACCCCACAGCUGCAUUAUAUGGUUUGCUGUCAAAACACUCAGGGUAAAUACGGUGAAGCCACACUGAAAGGAUAUUACAGCAAGCUCUGCCAGGCAUUCAUCCAUCUCACCAAGAAUGCGUCCAACCGCACAGAUGAUCAGAAGCACAUCUACGUUGAUGGCGCUAAUGGUAUCGGUGCCCUGAAGAUGCGUGAGAUGGAGAGUCACCUGAAGAAUGACUUGAGGAUUUCCAUCUUCAACGACGGAAGCAGAGGAAAGCUAAACCAUGAAUGUGGAGCUGACUUUGUCAAAGUGCAGCAAAAACCUCCCACAGGCAUUAAAAUAAACUCAGGAGAUCGCUGCUGUUCCUUUGAUGGCGAUGCUGACCGAAUAGUUUAUUACUACACCGACUCUCAAGGACUUUUCCACCUGUUGGAUGGAGACAAGAUAGCUUCUCUCAUCAGCAGCUUUCUGAAAGAGCUGACCACUCAGGCAGGACUGGACUUGGUGAUAGCAGUGGUGCAGACUGCUUAUGCAAACGGGAGCUCAACACGCUACCUAGAGGACACGAUGAAGGUCAUUGUUAGGUGCACUAAGACAGGAGUGAAACACCUUCAUCAUGCAGCCCAGGAGUUUGAUAUCGGUGUGUACUUCGAGGCAAAUGGCCAUGGGACUGUGUUAUUUAGUAAGGCUGCUGAGGAGAAAAUCCGGCAGCGAGCCGAAGACGCUAACAUAAAUGACGAGAUGAAGAAAGCAGCUCUGCUUCUGCAGAGCACCAUCAACGUCAUUAAUCAGACUGUAGGAGAUGCCAUUGCUGACAUGCUGCUGGUUGAAGCCAUUCUCGCUGUCAGAGGGAUGACAGUCAAGCAGUGGGAUGCCAUCUACAGCGACCUGCCGAACAGGCAGCUCAAAGUCAAGGUUUCCGACCGCAGGGUAAUAGACACAACAGAUGCAGAGAGGCAGGCAGUGAGCCCGGCGGGGCUGCAGGAGGCCAUCGACAGUCUGGUGAAGAAGUACAGACAGGCUCGCUCCUUUGUGAGGCCCUCCGGGACAGAGGAUGUGGUGAGAGUUUAUGCAGAGGCAGAUACGCAGGAGAGUGCUGAUGCUCUGGCACAUGAAGUCAGCCUUGCAGUGUAUCGCCUCGCUGGGGGAGUGGGGCAUGAGCCCAAACCAUUGCAUUAGAGCCACUUUCAUAAACUGUUAGCACACACACACACAAUCAGAUUUCUGAAUGCAAUACCAGUUCGUGACACUUUUCUAAAGCUGUAGUAGUGUAGUGUCUUUUUUUUUGUUUUCCAGGGAGGUGCAAGAUUACUCUUCUAAAGCUGUAGUAGUGUAUGUUUUUUUUUUGUUUUCCAGGGAGGUGCCAAAUUACUCUCCAAUUUUCAAUUGCACUCUGUACUUGACCAUGUAUUUCUUUGUGUGAUUACUGUUUACGUUUCACUCUUACAGACAGAAACAAUAGCGGGAAGUUAUUGUUUCUCAAAGCUGCUUUGGUUUCUAAAUGAGCUACAAUACUUUAACAUUUAUCUGGGUUUUUUUGAGUGUCAGUUUACUUAUUGUUAAAUUCCAACCUCUUUUUUUUUUUUUUUUUUAAUCUUCUUACUGUUAUUCUUUAGUUUUCAAAACAAUGAAAUAAAGAGUUCACAUGACGGUUGACAACAGUUACUUUCAUUUUUAUUAAUGACAUAAGGAGAGAAAGGAAAAAGUGUUUAUUCUGUAUAAGGGUGAGACAUUUGGUGUAAAUGGAAACCAAAACUAUGCUUUCUUGCUGUUUAUUUUAUUACUUAACAUUUUGUUUUAUACACAGGAUGAAUCUAGAAGCUGAUUGUUAGUUUGAAGCAAUCAGAGCAAUGGGACAAACUGAAUAUGAUUUACAACAAGUUUGUCUUGUUGCUGUUGAGAUUCAGCUUGAACUUCUAGGGUGAUUAAAAUGUUAAAGCACCUGAGUAUGGCAUAUGAUAAUUGCACAAAAAAAAUAAAAUAAAAAAA